GUGAACACAUACAGUAGAAAAUGGCGAGUUCGUGCAACAAGGGUUUACACGCCAAUGAGAGGUAUAUUUUACAACAGAACGCGGACUGCUGGACGUCUAAACUCAUUCAGUGUGUCGGUCUUGAUUGUAUCUCAGAAGUUUUUCUUGGGACACAAGUUCUAGAGGAUCUCAAGCGUUUAAAAGAUUGUAAGCCUGCAAGUGUGUCAAAUUGCUCAUUUGAUGACAGUUGUCAUUUCUGCUGCUUAAGACGAGAAAAAGUGAAGGACCAUGUAGUUGCGCUGAACAAACAAAUUGUGGAAAGUGGAGGCAAACCAUUACUAGGUAAAGAUCCUUCUAAUAUCUGCAGACUCGAGUGGCAGUCGGAAGAGUUUCUGAAUGCUGUGUUGCACAGGAAGGAAUACAAACCGAGGAUUCCAGAUCCACACAUCCCUGUGGUGGCUUGUGAAAUUGUGCAGCAAAUGAUUCAUCGUUUGGCUUCAUGUUAUACCCCAAACACCAACUGCUCUCAGGACUCCCUUCACUACAAUGAAGAAAAGGACAAAAGCCUUGUGAAAACUAGCAGUGUCAUGUCCGCUGCUGCUGCUCCUCUCAUGGCACACCAGGAUUCUCCACUGGACCUCUCAGUGAAGAAGGUGAAAGAAGAGAACAUUGAGGAAGAUUGUGUUCUUGACCUUUCAAGGAAGAAUUUCGACAAGGGACAGGCAUCUCUCAACAAUUCUUGUGCCCGUGUCAGUCAGGCUGCUCAUGUGGUCAAAAGGGGUUCUGUUGACCCGAAUUUUGCCCGUGUACAAGAUCUGCAGUCUGCCUCUACAUUGGAAGAGUUCAUGUCAAAGCUGUGUUUGCAUCACCAGCGCCAAAUAGUUGAUGCAUUGGGCUUCUUGCAGAGCGAAGUCAAGACUGUAGAUGCUUCCAGACAUUCUCAAACACCUGCUUCAACGCUUUCUGACAGGCAAGCCACAACCAGCUGCAGUCAUGUGCCAUUUCAAGCGAGAUCUAAGAUGAGGUGGUCUGAGAGAAGGUGCUCCGCUGAUGCUGUUAGGACUCAAGAACCCUGUGUUGUCAGGACAAAUAAAAAGGACAAUAUUGUGCCUGAAAAGCCUGUGGACCUUUGCAAGAUGGCUGUUGACGGUUUGUUUUCCCCUCAUAGAGCAUGUCUUGAGGGUAGAAAUGGAAGUAGUACUGCCACAUGUCGAAGUUUGUUCAACAUGAAAAAAACAUCUUCGCACCUGGAAGCAAACCAAUUGUCAGACUUGACAAGCUUUCAACAAGCUGGUACUUGCAGACGCUUACCAACGUACAAUUCAGAGUCUGAUCGUGCAGACACAUGUUCAGAGUCCACUGAGAGGUGUGCCCCUGGUCAAAGCAAAGAUGCUCUUUUAAAGCCAUCCACGGUUCAAAGAACAUCUCAUGUAGGGUUACCCAUAUCUCCAAGAACAGCCCGAAAAAGCAGAAAGGGUUCUUCCCUUAGGCAAAGGAACGGCUCUACAAAUUACAUCUUACAUGAUCCUGAUGGAAAUUGUGACUUGGUGUACGUUAGAAAAUCAAUAACUGAAUGCCAGCCUCAAUCUCACAAUAGGCUGCAUCCACGGCAGAAUGCUCGGAAGAGCACAAGAGGGCACAGGUAUGUCGAGGAGUACUUGGAGCUGAAAACUGUCCGCACAUUAGCUCGAAAAUCAGUCAGUGAUGCCAGUGGGAAUUGUCCGGCUCGCAUGCCAGAUGUGCAUACCUCAGUCACUCCAAAGCAGUCCUUAUCCAAGCCUGACAGCGUUCCUCUCAUGAACACAGCGUUUGCAGGGGAUUGCAUAAAAGAUGUUGUUGUUCAGAAUUUAUCAUCAGAGCAGAUGGCAGACAAUGAAAUGCCAGGGGAUGUUGCAAAAGUAACAAGUCAAGGUUUGGUUGUUGAAACCAGCCAGACAGGUCAAACUAAAGGUAAUGACCGAAUUCCCAAUGAACUUUUGUGGAAACAGGGGGAGUUAAGAACUCAGCAAGAUGUAAUGACGGAGGCUGUCAGUUGUGCUCCCAUAACCGUCAAAACACAUAUGGAAAAAGACAUUGUAGAAGUCAAAGAAACAUCUGAGACCAUGGAACUCAUUGUACAGAAAGAUGAGUGCGAUUUUCAGAUUGAUCCCGUGUCAAAAGAAAUAUGUGGUUUAGAAAAGAAGUCCAUAGAGCCAUCGCUUAGCUUGCUAUCCCCCAAGACAACCAAAGAUGACUUUACUGAUGCCUUCACAGUAGAACCAAGAAAUGACCUCUCGAAAGUUGACAUAACUCCAGUUCUAGUGGAUCCAGUGGAAAUAUUGACACAAAAUGCAGUUGACAAGUGUGCCCAACAGCAGGAUUCUCACAACAUGGAAAUGAAUCACGAAGUGGUCAAUUGUGUUGAAGAACCAGAGAGGGGUCAAGUGGAUUCUGGGCUGUCCGGCCUAAAAGAACCUGAAAAAUCAAAGGAGAAUGUGGAGUUGGCUCUACACGCUCAAAGAGAUCAGCAGGCAAAAAUGGUUGUUGGCAAGCAUGCAUCCACCUCAGACAGGUGCUUGCGUAGUAGAGGCUUAAAGGCUAAUGUUCAUUUUACCAGAGACUCUGAGUGUGGUGCUGAACUUCUUGACCUGAAGAUGAAACAUACCAGUGAGACUCUUCUAGCAACUCAGCCUUCCAAUCCUGAAACAAUUGUGCGUUCAGAGGCCGAGCAUUCCCACAUUCUUGAAGCUGGUGCCAAACACACUCACACAACUGUUGAGAAUGACGACCCUCUGAUUCCACAUCUCCAAAAGAACAGUGAAGACUUGCCAAAUGUUGUGUCACCUGAGUUUGUUCCAGAGAUUUUAAGCAUCGCCUCCACAGCUAAAAAUGAAAUACCACACGUUUUGGACAAACCAAAUACUGGGAAAAUGUCAAUUAGAAAUCGAGUUCAGAACUUCGAAAAUGAACUUUCUGCUAAUGGAGAUAGCGCUUCAUCCAUGAAGCAGGCUUCACCAAGCUUUAAGAGCAUGCUUUUAAGAAGCAGAAGUCAUAUCGAACAACUCUUUGGUAGCGAAUCGAGCAGUCUUAUUCCAGCAGAUAACUCCGAGAAGCAGGAGCUUUUGUCUUCCAGGAGUAGCUGCUCCGCUGGUCAACAGGCAACUAAAAGUGAUUCGGUUGAUUUGUCUUCCAUGAGUGUCAUGCGCAUGCCUUUAAGAAGCAAAAGUAGUGGUGCAGCUACACAGACGCGAUGUCCCCCAGUUAAACGUUCCAUAAAAUGUACCAAAUCAUCAAGUUUUAUCUGUGAAGAACCUUUCAAUUCACAUGCCAGUCCUCCCUGGAUAAAAUCUGAGCCCACUGCAUACAUGCCCUUAAGAAGUUCAACUGCAGAACAUAUCCCUAACAAUAAAUCUGCCCUUGAAGAUGCAUUAGUGAGUCCUGGGCGCAUGUCAUUGAGAAGAGGGAACUUGUCUGUUAGUGGCUCAGCCACUCCGCUCAGAAAUACGUUCCCACAGCGACAACAGAGGUCUCCUGUGUCUUCAGGUGUUGAGCGUAGUCAGUUGUGUUCAAAAAUUAAAACGGAGAAUACGGAGGAGCAUGUAAAAGAUUCUUUCAGUUUGUCCGAUGAGUUGCUUUGCAUAGCAGGUCUUCAAGGGAUCAAACCUGUGGUUUAUAGCCCACCCAGGUUUUUGGAGGUGGUAAGAGGAGAAGAACACCAACAGGUCAUUUCAAAUUUAAAUUCAAAGUUUGAUAAAAUGCACAAAGGUUGGGUUCAAAUGGAUAAGGAGACUCAACCUGCACCAAAGCCGAAAAACAAGGCAGACAGGCUUAAAGAAAUCUGGAAAAGCAAACGUAGAGUACGCAAAUCAAGACCGCUAGAACAACAGAAGUUCUCGCCUGUGCAAAUGCUUUUCAUGAAGCCUUUUGACCUGCCCAGUAUCUGCAGGUGGUUCUUGCAGUCAACUGAAACCAAAUCUCUUGUCAUUGUCAAGAAGGUAAACACUAGACAUCCUUCUGAAACGCAGUUGUGUUUUCACUCCUCAGCAGCAGGGACGGGGUCGUCUCAUGGGAUUUUCCCCAGUCUGCAGGCUGAACGGUUAAAAAAGCAUUUGAAGAAGUUUGCCAUUGCAUCACCUGUGAAAAAUAACCCCAAAAACCAGAGGCUUAUAUCAAAAGCUUUAGGUCAGAAUAUCUCUGUGUUUAGGAGUAAACCUGAACCAAAAACUGCCACACGAAUAAGUACGAAGGCGCAGAGUCUUGCUGGACUGAUGCCGGUGCAGACUCCUGAGAACCUUUGCCCAGUGACGGGCAGUUCAAAAACUCCAGCAAGUGCUAGAAUUAUCAAAAAAUAUUCGGACAUACGCGAGAAACUUCAGGUUCAGCAAAGCAAGAAAGGCGAAGAGCAGAAUUUCAGAGUUACCCGUUUGAAAACAUCGCUUAUUACAAAGAAAGCUGCCAAACGAAGAUUAGUGACACGUAAGGGCUCAAAGUCUGCUACUGUCCAGAGGAUCAAGUCCUUGACCAAGAAGGCAAAAAACACCUCUACCCCAACAAAACGGACUUUGAAGCAAAACGUGCAUCACAAAAAUGGAACGUCACCAAAGAGGUUGCAGGGCCCCACCAAAGUGACAAAAGUCCACGGUCAACAUGCCUCAGCAAAAGCCUCGAAUAAAAAAGAACUGUGGAGAAAAAGUAACAAGAGGAGCAAGAAAACUGGAGCUGACAAAGCACAUCAAACAAAAGCAAGUGGGACUAAACUGGACAUAAAGAAGUCUGUGCUUAACAAAGGCUCUGAUGGUGUGGAACCACAAUCUCUAGAUAUGGACGUCAAGCUUUUGUCAUUGGAAGACCAAGUAUUAACUAGGUCUCAAAGAAAGAUGGAAUCUACACCUUCACAGAUUGGAUCUCCUAAAUCCUCCACAAAGCGAGGCAUGGAACAAUCAGUCACUCCAAGCAAACGCACACGGACCUCAAAACCAUAAAAGAUCUGCACAAGCUAAUAGAUCCAUGCAGACACUUGUAGGAAUGGUUCUGGAGGUUGGUGAUUAUUUUCCAGAAUGUUCUUUUUUUUGGAAAGACUGUUUUUGAAGGUAUUUAAAUUUAUUUUUUUAAGCUUGCCAGUGCAUUUUCAGAGCUUUGAAUAUAAUGUCAGUGGAGAGAGAUUUGUCUUGUUAGCUAGUUACUGUUAUUUUUAACAGGGUCAAACUUUUUAUUAUGCUUCAAAAGAUGUUGGAUGUUUAUAAAAAAAGUCUAUUUGUUUCAUUAUGAAGCCAUUUAAUGUAAAAAAACAAACUAAUUGAAAAAUACAGGUUCUGAUUCCUCUAAAUGAGGCAAAUGCGACAUUUUGAACAUGGGUUAGAAGUUACAUAAUCCCUGCUGGACAGUAAUGCUACAAUUUAAAAUCAAAGAUUAUAUAAAGUACUGAACCAUAGUUCUGUUAUAAAGCUAACACUUUUAGCUGGUUAAGUGAUUUUUGUAGACUGAAAAAUGUGCCUUUUUAUAUUGUUGAUUAUUUUAUAAGGUGAGGUGCCUCAAAAAAAAUCUCACUCUUAUUCUUGUUGCACAUGAAUUAAAAAAAAGUUUCUUGAGUUAUUCUUAAAAAUGUGAUCAAUUGUUUUGUUCUUUUUAUAUUAAUCGCUUAUCCCAGGUGCUCCUUUAUUUGAUUGUGUUUCUAAUUUAUUAGCAUUAUGUUUUCUCUUUCUGCUCAUUUACCAUUUUAGUGGUUUGAAAAUGUAAUGCAGUAAUUGUAAAUAUUUUGGUAUACGUUUGCCAUCAGGGAAGGAAUAAACAAAACAAAGAAAGGUUUGACUGUGGCAAAGACCGUAAUCUAUGAAUCAUGUUCCUAAACAUGCUAAAAGAAUUAAGAUGGGACAUAGUGAUUGUCAUUUCACAAACUUUUACGGUGCUCAGAGUAAAGAACUCAGUUAGGCCCAUGUUUACAUGUAACAUUACAGUUUAAAGCAAUGUGGGGAAAUAAUAAAACAUGAUUUAGUUCAAAGUAAAGAUAACCAGAAGAACUGGAAUGUUUUAUUUUUAAAGAUUGUUUCAUUUUUUUUCUCUUGUGUUUGCCUUGUUUUGCUUCCCUCACCAUAUACUACACCUCAAAGCUUUUCCCCAGAUAUUUAUGGUCUUUGAUUUGUAUAAAUGGAAAAUUAUAACAAAUGUAACAACUUGUUUAACAUUAUGCAUUUUCUUGUCAGUUUGAUAAAGUGUUUAGAUGUG